AUGCAAAUGAAAUAUCUUGCAGUGCCCAAAUAUAUAUCAAACAAGUCAAGUCGAAAGGAAAGAGGCCAAGAAUUUUCGAAGGAAAUAUCUAGAAACGGUUACAAUCUGGCAAGAAAGUUUCAUGCAAAUUUUGUGGCUACGAACACGCGCCAGAAGAAAAAGACUAAUGAUCAGAAAUGUUCGACAUGGGGGAAAACUUGUAAUCGAUGCAAAGAAAGAAACAAUUUUGCUAAGAAAUGCAGUAAAACCUCCGUUUACAGUAUCGAGAGCGAAAACGAGCACGAGGAAAUCAGCAUGGUCACAGCAAUGCGAGAAAAGGUUGUGUUCGCGAAAAUGCACAUCAGUAACAAAUCUGUAAAGUUCAGAUCAACUGUGGUGCAAGUGCGAAUAUAUUACCGCUCAAGUUUGCCAAAGAUGUCGAACUUACUCUGUGUACCAAGACACUCGUGA